CGUUAACCAAUUCCCUCGAGGUUAUGUUUUUCUUUGGCCCUGUCUCUCAGAUUCCGUCAAAUUCCAUCUCUGGUCUUCGCCGCUUCUACUUCUGAGUUCUGACCGUAGUAUACACUCAUAGAAACAUCUCAGCACUCAGCCCUUUGCCCGUCUCGCUUUGUAGCCGCACUUGCCAGCAAAAGAAACGGUGGGAAGCGAAAUGAAACGCAGAACGGCAGCCGUAGAACGGUGGAAGUGAACGGCGCCGCCCUAUCCACCAAGCCCGAUAAGACUAAGAGAACUGCGUUUUUUAUUUCCAAACUGGCGAACCCGCAAGCAUCAACUUCAAGCGGUCAGUCGUGGCCAAUGGCUGCCGGCUCUCUACUGCUCCUCGUCCUAAUUGUCGCUCAUGUCAUUGCUCUGGUUUACUGGAUUUUCCGCCUUGCAACUGAGAAGCAACCUCAAAGAACUAAGAGAAACUAGUUCUCCACAUUUCUCGGUUUAUCAAUGUUGAUAUGUAGGGAUUUGUCAGGAAACAAAUUGAGUGGUCAACUAUAUGCUUCAGUGAGGAAUCUCUCCUUAUUUUUUACAUCGGGAGAAGAUUGCAAAACCAUGAGCGCCUUUACUGCAUUAUCUAGUUUAGCCAUACUUGGUGAUUCCUGUAAGAUUACGCGUACAGCUAGACAAGAAAUAAGACCGUUCUCUAGUACAACCACACAGAGAAUUGAGGAAGAUUAUGGAGCAGAUCGCGCUGCCUGGGGAGCUGCGGCUGAAGCAAUCAGACAAGACAGAAUAUGCAAUGGUAGUUACUUUACUGCUGGAGAUGUACAGUUAAGAGGCCAUUUAUCCAAACCAUUAAUAUGCACUGGACUGAUGUCAAACAACAAGGUUGGCUGUGUAACAUUAUCUCCUGUCGUGCCUCUGCCAAAUACAUUGAAAGCAAAAGAAAAGAAGCCGGAGAAAACUUUUAUGCCAGAUGAAGGCAUUUCAACUCAGAAAACAGAAAGCAACUUUGCUGAUUUGGUUGGAUCAGACCAAUCUCAGCUGGAAAAAGUCACUGCCUCUGAAAAGAGCAUUACCGAGGACAACCAUUGUGAGAGGUUGCCAGAUGAAGGCAUUCCAACUCAGAAAACAGAAAGCAACUUUGCUGAUUUGGUUGGAUCAGACCAGUCUCAGCUGGAAAAAGUCACUGCCUCAGAAAAGAGCAUUACCGAGGACAAUGUUUGUGAGAGGUUGCCAGAUGAAGGUAUUCCAACUCAGAAAACAGAAAGCAACUUUGCUGAUUUGGUUGGAUCAGACCAGUCUCAGCUGGAAAAAGUUACUGUCUCAGAAAAGAGCAUUACCAAGGACAACCUUCGUGAGAGGUUGGUUUCCAUUUAUGAGAAAGUUUUCAUAGUCAACAACAUCUCACUCGCCAAGGAAGUUGUCAGUAAGCUUACAAAUGAGUACAGGGAUUCAAUCCACGCAUGUGAUACUGAGGCAUCAAAGAUUGAUGUCAAGAAUGAGACACCAGUUGGUCAUGGAGAAAUCAUAUGUUUCAGCAUUUAUUCUGGACCUCAAGCUGAUUUUGGAAAUGGAAGAUCUUGUGUCUGGAUUGAUGUCCUUGAUGGUGGCGGGAAGGACAUUUUAGUAGAAUUUGCCCCCUUUUUCGAAGACCCGUCAAUUAAAAAGGUAUGGCACAACUAUAGCUUUGAUUGUCACAUAAUAGAGAACUAUGGUCUCAAAGUGUCUGGGUUUUAUGCUGAUACAAUGCACAUGGCACGAUUAUGGGAUUCCUCUAGACGAACAGGGGGAGGCUAUUCUCUUGAGGCACUUACAAGUGAUACCUCUGUCAUGCAUGAUGCAAGAGUGCCCCCUGGUGAACAACUGUUUGGUAAGGUGUCAAUGAAAACUAUUUUUGGCAGGAAAGAGCUGAAGAAGGAUGGAACUGAGGGUAAAGUUGAUAUCAUUCCAUCUGUUGAGGAGCUGCAAAGAGUGCCCCCUGGUGAAAAACUGUUUGGUAAGGUGUCAAUGAAAACUAUUUUUGGCAGGAAAAAGCUGAAGAAGGAUGGAACUGAGGGUAAAGUUGAUAUCAUUCCAUCUGUUGAGGAGCUGCAAAGAGAAAAUCACAAACUAUGGGUUUCUUACUCUGCAUUUGAUUCUAUAAGUACAUUUAUGCUUUAUGAUAGUUUGAAAACCAAACUCUCUAAAUGCUCCUGGAAGCUUGAUGGAGUUUAUAAAGGGACCAUGCUAAACUUUUAUGAGAGAUACUGGCUUCCAUUUGGUGAGCUUUUAGUUCAUAUGGAAACUGAGGGCGUGCUUGUUGAUCGUUCUUAUCUUGCUGAGUUGCAGAAAGUGGCCCAAGCCGAGCAGGAGAUAUCAUCUAUCAGAUUUCGCAACUGGGCAUCCAAGUACUGCCCUGAUGCAAAAUACAUGAAUGUGGGCAGUGAUACUCAGUUGCGCCAGCUCUUUUUUGGAGGCAUUCUGAACAGGAAGGACCCUAAUCAGACUCUUGACAUUGAGAAGGAUUUCAAAGUUCUCAAUGCAGAUAAUAUAAUUGAAAAAGACAAGAAAGCUCCAACAAAGUAUUGUAAGAUCACACUUCAUAAGAUUGGUGAUUGCAUUGAGACUGAUUUCUAUACUGCUAGUGGUUGGCCAUCUGUUAGUGGAGAUGCUUUAAAGGCUCUUGCUGGUAAAGUUUCUGCUGAUUUUCAAAUCAUGAGCGAAGCAGAAGACAAAGAGGAGGAAGUCUCCUUUCCAAACAGUGACGAAUCUCCCGGGCUUCAUAAUGAAGCAUGUAAGGAGCCAGAAGCUUCAGGGUAUGGAACAGCUUAUAAUGCUUUUGGAGGUGGAAAAGAAGGAAUAGAGGCAUGUCAUGCCAUUGCCUCUUUAUGUCAAAUAUGCUCCAUUGACUCUCUAAUAUCAAAUUUCAUCAUCCCUUUGCAGGGAGGGGCGGUUUCAGGGAAGGAUGGGCGCAUCCAUUGUUCACUGAACAUAAAUACAGAAACUGGGCGCUUGUCAGCAAGGAGACCAAAUUUGCAGAACCAGCCAGCUUUGGAAAAAGACAGGUAUAGAAUUCGUCAAGCAUUUAUAACUUCACCUGGGAAUUCCUUAAUUGUUGCGGACUAUGGGCAGUUGGAGCUUAGGAUUCUUGCACAUCUUGCAAAUUGUAAGAGCAUGUUAGCUGCCUUUGAAGCUGGGGGAGACUUCCAUUCGAGAACAGCUUUAAAUAUGUAUUCGCACAUACGAGAAGCAGUUGAUCAAAAACGUGUUCUACUUGAGUGGCACCCUCAGCCUGGUGAAGAUAUGCCACCAGUUCCACUACUAAAGGAUGCUUUUGCCUCUGAAAGAAGAAAAGCAAAGAUGCUUAAUUUUUCUAUUGCUUAUGGAAAAACUACCGUGGGGCUUGCUCGGGAUUGGAAGGUAUCCGUCAAGGAAGCCAAAGAAACAGUAGAUCGGUGGUAUAGUGACAGAAAGGAAGUUUUAACUUGGCAAGAACAACGUAAAUCUGAGGCACACCAGUUUGGACGUGUUUACACACUGUUAGGAAGGACACGCAUGUUCCCUUCACUUGAACAUGCAACCAAUGCUUUUAAAGGCCACAUUGAAAGAGCUGCCAUCAAUACUCCUGUCCAGGGAAGUGCUGCAGAUGUUGCAAUGUGUGCCAUGCUAGAAAUAUCAAAGAACCAACGGUUGAAUGAGCUUGGCUGGAAACUGCUUUUACAGGUUCAUGAUGAAGUAAUUCUUGAAGGGCCGACCGAAUCAGCUGAGGAAGCAAAGGGUAUUGUAGUUGAUUGUAUGUCCAAACCGUUCGAUGGAAAGAAUAUUCUAAGAGUUGGACUAUCUGUUGAUGCUAAAUGUGCUCAAAAUUGGUAUUCUGCCAAAUAGUGUUGUUUCUCUAUAGCCCAAAUGUUUUUGCAUUCAAGCACAGUAAUAUGAAAAUGAGAAUUCUAUAUUGGUAAUGUUAAAUUUUAUCACAUCAAGUUAGUAGCAUGUGGUUAAUUAAAUAUAUAUUAAUGAUAU